GGACCGGAAGGCUCAUGUGAGGAGAGGGUAUCGUGACUUGCGGUUCCCUCGAGGGCUAAGGAGGCGACGUGAGGUGAGGUGAGGCCACGCCCUGGUGGGGAUUGCAUGGAUGAGGGCGAUGCUGAUGGUGUUGGAUGACGAGGCUCAAUCUCAAUGGCGGAGUGGCGUGACAUGACAUGGAACGGCCCGGAUCGUCGGUUCGGGUGCAGUAUGUAUUGCAUCGUCUGUGGCUUUCCCUCUCGCCGUCAGCGAUUUCCCAGUCAUCACGACAGGCCCGGCUGGCGUGUGAGCGAGAAGGCCGCCCGAGAGAGGCGUCGGAACAAUGCUUCAUCUCAGGUGCGGGAAUCCGGUGGACAGAGGCCGUCACGGUUUCAUCAUGGCCUGCCCGAGACCGAGAUUGAGUGGCCGCCACCCGAAUCCCUGGCGUCGGUCACGGCCAGGCUCGUCUGGUUGCCUCACGCCCCCCUUUCGUCCCUUGGUUCCUUGGCCGCAAAACCCGGGACGCCGGCGCAGUUCCUCAUCGAGAAGGAGAAAAGAAAGAUGUCGUAUUGUCGAUUUCCUGGCCCAGUUGGCCCAGUUGGGCCCCUCAUCAUAUCCACCAGACGAGGAGCGGGUUAGCCUGUCUCGCCGCCCCGUCUCCAUCGUGCCGGUGCCACUGAUAUUGUUUGCUGUUCCGUUGGGCUGGCCCUCGUCUCCUCACACUAAACCGCUUCCACCACCGUCCUUGGGGCCCCUGCAACCCCCUCCCCUUCUCUCCUCGGUGGAGUGUGGUGGCUGCUGGUCACCCCUCCGAGACUGGACGCCGGUCCAGGUGCGUGGAGACCGGCCAAUCCGUGGCGGCCGUGGCCGUGGGAUGGGGGAGAGGAAGGGAAACGCACCCUCGCGGCGGCGGAGGGAUUUGAUGGGCCUGCAGGGCGAGGCGGGCGCUUGGGGUGUGAAUGCGGGAGGAUAUCAAGGGCAGAAUGGAUCGAUUCUUGUUUGAAAGGGGUGACAUUUGAAGCCCGUCCGUCACACAUCCCCCGCCCUGAUGCCCUGAUGCAAGCACUUUACGCGGUCCAGCGCGUUGCCGGGCUGCACGGGGAACGACACACCAUUCCGCGGCCAGCGGCGUCAGUUUCCAUCACAGGUCCCGCGGCUGGAACUUGGCUAACUUGGCUCCGCUGAUCAACUACUUGCAGCG